GGGCAGUAAGAAAUUAGUUGGAAGUUUUGUUUUCUUCUUGUAGAUCGAAAAUUGAAUGGCACGUGUCGGCGCUGACAUGUGAUUAUGUGAGAACUUUUAGGUAGCAUCCAGAAAGUGUUGGACGAAAAGUCGCUGAGAUAUAAAUAGAUAGUGAAGUGGCGUUGUUUUCCACACGCCAUUUCCAGCUCUCCCAUUUCAAUCGCUUUUACGUCUUCUUCUCUCCAAUUCUGCUCCUUCUACUCCAAUGGCGUCUGAGCCCAACGGCGACGUCAGGAGGCGGAAAUCGCCCUCGUCAGAGCCAGAGGCGGAUACCGCGGUCGAGUUCAAGGGCACUCGGGGAUCUCUUAUUCAUUCGAUUCUUGCAAUUGUUCUGUGGCUGGGCUCCGUCCAUCUCAUCGUUUUCAUCGUCCUCGCCUCGUUUAUCUUCCUCCCCUUUCCCAAAUCACUCGGAGGAAUUGUGUUGCUCUUCAUAUUUAUGGUGAUUCCAAUCAAUGAGCGCAGCAAAUGGGGCCGGAAUUUGGGCAGGUAUAUAUGUAAGCAUGCAGUUGGUUACUUUCCGUUGACGUUGCAUGUAGAAGACAUCAAAGCCUUCGAUCCUAAUGAGGCAUAUGUUUUUGGUUAUGAAACACAUUCAGUUUGGCCUAUUGGAGUAGUUGCACUAGCAGAUCUUACCGGUUUCAUGCCUCUGCCGAAGAUCAAGGUUCUUGCGAGUACUGCUGUGUUCUACACUCCAUUCAUGCGACAUAUAUGGUCGUGGUUGGGACUCUCAUCUGCCACAAGGAAAAAUUUUACUGCACUUUUGUCAUCUGGUUAUAGCUGCAUUUUAGUACCAGGGGGAGUCCAGGAGGCCUGCUACAUGGAGCAUGGCUCUGAGGUUGCCUUUCUUCAAAGUAGAAAAGGAUUUGUGCGAAUUGCUAUGGAGACCGGCAAACCUCUUGUUCCUGUUUUCUGCUUUGGUCAGAGUGAUGUAUAUAAAUGGUGGAAACCAGGUGGGAAACUUUUCAGGGAAUUCUCUAGAGCCAUAAAGUUCACACCCUUUGUGUUCUGGGGCGUUCUAGGUUCACCUCUGCCUUUUAGAAAGCCGCUCCACGUGGUGGUCGGUGAACCGAUUAUGAUGAAGAAAAACCCACAACCUACCAAAGAAGAGGUUGCGGAGGUCCAUGCCCGGUUUGUGGAAGCGCUUCAAGAUCUUUUCGAACGACACAAAGCAAGGGUUGGUCACCCGGACUUACAGCUAAGGAUUCUGUAAUAUUAAUAUAGGCGAAGCUUUGUAUCAUCAAUCUCUGUUGUUGUAUAUUUCUACCUGAUUUGUUAUUUGUAGCUCACUUGCGUCUGCCCUAACCAUUUUUACUAAUAAUAUUGCUUAGAUCACAACAUCA